UUUAAACAUGGUUCACAUUCGAUACGAGGCUUGACCUCAUCCUCUUUCGCAACAAGCGUUGCAGACGUUGGCUUCCAUCUCACCACCUUCGCUGUCGUUGUAGUAGAUACGGUAUCAGCAUCCCCGGCCGUGGAAGAGUUAAUCCAUCUGCAUUGGAGGAAAUAAGUCACCAGACUCCUCGGAUUCCACAAAGGCAAACACUUGGAUCAUCAUUCCGCCUCAGCACAAGAAAUUAUCUCUACCAGGCCGAAUCCUUUGCCGGAUUCCGUACGUCUGUUGACCGCGACAGUCGCCUCACCAGGCUCGAGGAUUCUUGCAUUGUGAGUCAUUAAGCAUCGGGCAGCAGUAGAAGGCCGCGAGAUUCGCCUGUUCACUUGAAAUUGAGACACUCACUGUACUUUGGUGACUCUCACCGAGUAGCCUCAGUUUCGGAAGCUGCACGGUCCUCUACCUUUCAAGGUAUUGCCCUGGAUCACAGACUGGGUUGUCUACCUGAAGGUCGAAAUACCCGUUCGAAGCACUACGGCUUGGUCGUUCCACUCGGAAGCAUCAUCCAAGGCUUCACCAAAGCUUUUGAACAAGGCAAUAUCAACUACGACGGUCUUGCUUCCACGUAUCUCAGUCCUCAAACGUCAUCAACCCAUCGUCUCUAUUCACCGGACUGGCAACAACACUACGAUUCAAGUCCAGGCCUACCACCUGCACCCGCCGCUUCCUCGCACCAGGCUACCCUCUCGUCCCGUCCUUGACCCUUUCUCCAACCACACCACAACUAUGUCCAACUCAGAUCGCGCUGGUCACCGCGGUGGCGGUCGAGGUGGCCGCGCAGGUGGAGGAAAUCGACGACACGACUCCCAGCCUCGCUCGGUGCUCGUAUCAAAAGCUCUAUCUCGCCUACUCCGCCACGCCGCCGUGCAAGAACGCAUCCCCAUCGACACACACGGCUAUGUGAGAAUGGACCACCUCCUGGCGUGGCAAAAACUGCGCAGUAUGAAGCCACCCGUCACGUUUGACGAGGUCGUCGAGGUCGUGCAGAGCAAUGAGAAGAAAAGGUUCGCUUUGAAAUUUGUGGGUGCAGUGAAGGCAGAGGUGGCUGAGAGGGGCGACGCUCCCACGACGACGCCUAUGCAGACGCAGACUGAGGAAGAAGGAGUGGAUGACCGGUCUGCAGCGGAAAAGGUCGCUGAAUCAGAAACCCAGCGCGCACUGUCGUUGUAUGAAUUCCUCAAAGCCGACGACAUGCUCGACGAGACGAAAGUCAUCAAUGACUUCUUCAUCCGCGCCACACAGGGCCACAGCAUGAAAGAUGUCGAAGCCGAGAAUCUGUUGACGCCAAUCACACUCGACGAUCCAACGAGUAUACCGGACACGGUAGUCCAUGGAACAUUUUACGGCGCGUGGGACGCGAUUCUAGCCAGUGGCGGACUGAAGAAGAUGAACAGGAAUCACGUCCAUUUCGCGACGGGGCCGAAACUUGAAGACGUCCUUCAGAGAAUCGGCGGAAGAGAGCAGGAUGGAAAUACAGACACUGCCAAAAAGGCAACCACCGGAUUAGGGCAGGUCCUAGGUGAGAAUAAAGUGAUAUCAGGUAUGCGCUCCGACGCCCAGAUCCUGGUGUACAUCGACAUGCGGCGCGCCCUGGAAGAAACCAAAGGACAGAUGAAGUGGUGGAGGAGUGAGAAUGGGGUCGUGCUCACGGAUGGUAUCGCUGGACAGCACACUGGGGACGAAGAAGACGGAGGGGACAAGAUAGUUCCCACGAAAUUCUUCAAAGCGGCCGUCGAGGUCAAAGAAGGGCUUGGACUUCUCUGGGAGCAUGGCAGGGGCGUGGUGCAGGUGUUGCCUGAGCGCUUGAAAGCGAGGGGCGUGCCUAGGGGGAAGGGGGGACGGGGCGGUGGUGGAGGUGGAGGUGGAAGAGGGAGAGGACGCGGGUAAGAAAAGGAGAUCGAAUUUGAUUCGUGAUAGUAAAGAUGAUGAGAUAGAGAUCGAUCACGAGCAAGCGUGGAGAGCACGGUAGAGGUGCAUGGGCAGGAGCACAAAGGCGAACCCCUUCACGUUUAUGCUAGUAGCGGAGGAAUGAAGCAGAAAUGCGAGAUGUCAGGAAUGAAUAUAUUUGAUUCGACGAC